CUCAUUCACUUCUCUCCUUGCGUCACUUCUUCUCACCACUACAGGAGGAUUGGAGAGGAAACUCAACUUAUGCGGCAUCUUGUAGAAACGUCUCUGUCCAAGGUCCUGAAAUCUGCUUUCACAAGCAUGCGUCAUGUGACUUCACCCAGCACUGCCUAGCUCAGCACCGAGCCUGCUGGUUUCUGGAGAUUUCAUGUGAGAAAGGGGCAAGCGCCAAACAACGUCCCCUCUCUCUUUUUGGCGUUGUUUAGAGUGUUUCCUUUUUUUUUUUAUCGCCUCCUUUCUUAACUCUUGUUGGUUUUUUUUUUUUACGCACGAUCGAAUGAUGUGGACCCUAAAAGCGUACGACAGAGUGAGUAUGACAAAAGAUUUUAGGAUGCUGGACUUGUGCUGCUCGUUUUGUUGCUCUCUUUUUACCUAAAUGCCAACACGGUGAAUGCGUCGGACAGAGUGGACGAGCCUGCAGCCAGUGGUCCGCAUUCAGAACAUCUCGUCUUUCUUGCUUUGAUAUUUCUCAGGAGCGACUGCAAAAAAAAAAGAAAAGAAAAAAAGGAUGUAACAAGCGAUCCACCUUGCGCAGCUGAAGUCUCCUCAUCAAAAUGCAGAAGGGAAUACGACUUAAUGAUGGUCAUGUCACCUACCUGGGGCUUUUGGCAAAAAAGGAUGGUACAAGACGAGGAUGCUUAAGCAAAAAGAGCUCAGACAACACAAAAUGGCACACAAAGUGGUUCGCUUUGUUACAGAAUAUGCUCUUUUAUUUUGAGAACGAGUCCAGCUCUCGGCCCGCGGGAUUAUACCUGUUGGAAGGAUGCAUAUGCGACAGGGCGCCUUCACCCAAACCUUCACUGUCAGCCAAGGAGUGUUUGGAAAAGCAGUACUAUUUCACUGUCAGCUUCACCCAGGAAAACCAAAAGGCGCUGGAGUUACGCACCGAAGACGUAAAGGAAUGCGAUGAAUGGGUGGCUGCAAUAUCACAUGCCAGUUUCAGAAACUUGGCCACGGAGCAUGAGACCCUCAUGCAGAAGUAUCUUCAUCUGCUUCAGAUUGUGGAGACGGAGAAAACAGUUGCUAAGCAACUUCGACAACAGAUAGAAGAUGGGGAAAUAGAAAUUGAAAGGCUUAAGUCAGAGAUUGGUGGCCUACUCAAAGACAACGAGAAGAUCCAUGCAAGUCCUGCAGCUGCCCCGACCGAUGACGACUCUGAAAUUAAGAAAAUCAAAAAAGUCCAGAGCUUCCUGCGAGGCUGGAUCUGCCGGAGGAAGUGGAAGACAAUUAUCCAGGAUUACAUCCGCUCGCCACACGCAGAGAGCAUGAGGAAGCGGAACCAGGUGGUAUUCAGCAUGUUGGACUCUGAGGCCGAGUAUGUGCAGCAGCUUCAUAUACUGGUGAACAACUUCCUGAGGCCACUACGCAUGGCAGCCAGCUCCAAGAAACCACCCAUCACCCACGAUGAUGUCAGCAGCAUAUUCCUCAACAGUGAAACUAUCAUGUUCCUACAUCAGAUAUUUUACCAGGGUCUGAAAGCCAGAAUAGCAAGCUGGCCGACAUUAGUGCUGGCCGACUUGUUCGACAUCCUGCUGCCCAUGCUGAAUAUCUACCAGGAGUUUGUGAGGAACCACCAGUACAGCCUGCAGAUCCUGGCUCACUGCAAACAAAACCGAGACUUUGACAAGCUGCUGAAGCAGUACGAGGCCAAGCCUGACUGCGAAGAGAGGACUCUGGAGACCUUCCUCACCUACCCCAUGUUCCAGAUUCCCCGCUACAUUCUUACACUGCACGAACUGUUGGCCCACACACCCCAUGAACAUAUCGAGAGAAAUAGUCUGGACUAUGCCAAAUCUAAGCUGGAGGAGCUUUCCAGAAUCAUGCAUGACGAAGUGAGUGAGACUGAAAACAUAAGGAAGAACCUGGCAAUUGAGCGCAUGAUUGUAGAGGGAUGCGAAAUCCUCCUGGACACCAGCCAGACUUUCGUGAGACAAGGGUCUCUCAUCCAGGUGCCAAUGAGCGAGAAGGGCAAGAUCACCCGUGGGCGCCUGGGCUCUCUGUCCCUGAAGAAGGAAGGGGAGAGGCAGUGCUUUCUCUUCUCCAAGCACUUAAUCAUCUGUACCCGAGGUUCAGGGGGAAAGCUUCACCUCACCAAGAAUGGAGUCGUCUCUCUCAUAGACUGCACUCUGCUGGAGGACCCCGAGGGAACAGAUGAUGAGUCCAAAUCAGACAAGAGCGGCCAGGACAUGGAGCACCUGGACUUCAAAAUUGUGGUGGAGCCAAAGGACAGCCAGUCAUUCACAGUCAUCCUCGUUGCCUCCUCGAGGCAAGAGAAGUCUGCAUGGACCAGUGACAUCAGCCAGUGCAUAGACAACAUCCGCUGCAAUGGGCUGAUGAUGAACGCCUUUGAGGACAACUCCAAAGUCACAGUGCCACAGAUGAUCAAGUCAGAUUCGACUUUGUACUGUGACGAUGUGGACAUCCGCUUCAGUAAGAUGAUGAACUCCUGCAAGGUGCUGCAGAUCCGCUACGCCAGUGUGGAGCGCCUGCUGGAGAGGCUGACUGACCUCCGCUUCCUCUCCAUCGACUUCCUCAACACCUUCCUGCACUCCUAUCGUGUGUUCACCACCGCCGAUGUGGUUCUCGACAAACUCAUCACCAUCUACAAGAAGCCCAUCAGUGCCAUUCCUGCCCGGUCCCUGGAGUUAUUCUUUGCAAGCAGUCAGAACAGCAAACUCCUUUAUGGAGAGCCUCCCAGCUCCCCGAGGGCCAGCAGGAAGUUCUCCUCCCCUCCACCGCUCGCUAUCGCCAAGAAUUCAUCCCCAAACCGCCGGCGAAAGCUCUCCCUCAACAUCCCCAUCAUCACUGGGGGCAAAGCUCUUGACCUUGCUGCCCUCAGCUGCUCCUCAAACGGCUAUGCAAGCAUGUACUCAUCCGUGUCCCCCUUCAGCAAGACCACCUUGGACAUCAACAAACUGUAUGUGUCCAGCCCGGUCGGCAGCAAGAUACCUGAUGAGGGAGAGGACAAGAAGGACAAGAUGGAGGAGACCUCAGGGGGCAAACAAGAUCUCUCUGUACGAGAAGAAAGUGACAACGACCACAAUCAGAGUGAUGAUGGGGACGCAGAGGCCUCUCCCAUCAAGUCACCAACCACCCCAAAGAACGUCAAAUGCAAAAACUCCUCAGAGUUCUCCCUGUUUUCCUACAACAAUGGCAUGGUGAUGUCCUCAUGUCGAGAGCUGGAUAACAACCGCAGUGCCCUGUCUGCUGCCUCCGCCUUUGCUAUUGCUACAGCCGGAGCCAAUGAGGGCACACCAACCAAGGAAAAAUACCGGCGGAUGUCCCUCGCCAGCACUGGCUUCCCAACAGAUCAGAGAAAUGGAGACAAAGAGUUUGUGAUCAGACGAGCAGCAACCAACAGAGUCCUUAACGUCCUGAGGCACUGGGUGUCAAAGCACUCUCCGGACUUUGAAAAAAACAACGAGCUAAAGACAAAAGUUAUUGCCUUCCUGGAUGAAGUGAUGCACGAUCCCGAGCUAUUGACCCAGGAGAGGAAAGCUGCAGCAAACAUCAUCAGGACUCUAACUCAGGAAGAUCACAGCGACAAUCAGAUAACCCUUGAAGAUGUGACACAACUGAUGGGAGAGGGGAGGACCGAUCCCUUUGAGAGCCACUCUGCAUUGGAGAUCGCAGAACAGCUCACUCUGCUGGACCACCUGGUGUUCAAGGUCAUCCCAUACGAAGAAUUCUUUGGACAAGGAUGGAUGAAGAAUGACAAAAAUGAGAAGACGCCGUACAUCAUGAGAACAACAAAGCACUUCAACGAUGUAAGCAACCUGAUCGCCACAGAGAUCCUGCGCUGUGAGGACGUGGUCACUCGUGUAGUGGUCAUAGAGAAAUGGGUGGCUGUCGCUGACAUCUGUCGCUGUCUCCACAACUACAACGCUGUGCUCGAGAUCACCUCCUCCCUCAACCGCAGCUCUGUCUUCCGCCUCAAGAAGACCUGGCUCAAAGUUUCCAAGCAGACGAAAGGAUUGAUUGACAAGCUACAGAAACUGGUCUCAUCUGAGGGGAGGUUCAAAAACCUGAGAGAGGCUUUGAAGAAUUGCGACCCUCCCUGCGUGCCCUACCUGGGGAUGUACCUCACCGACCUCGCUUUCAUCGAGGAGGGAACGCCAAACUACACCGAGGACAACUUGGUCAACUUCUCCAAGAUGAGAAUGAUUUCUCACAUCAUCAGAGAGAUCAGGCAGUUUCAGCAAACAGCAUACAAGAUCGAAAUGCAACCAAAGGUAGCCCAGUAUCUACUGGAUAUGAGCUCGGUUCUGGAUGAAGAAAGCAUGUACGAAUGCUCACUCAGAAUUGAGCCCAAAGUGCCCAACUGAUGUUCAAGCCGGUCAUCCACAUUACUUUCCUCUGUUGAUAUUACACAUAAGUUAAAUUGCAAAUCAACUUUUGUAUAGUUGUACAUGUUUAAUAUUUACUCUUCUGUACAGUCGAUGUCUAAGGUUGUUUGACAACGCAAAAACCUUUUCAGUGUACAUUUUGAUUUUCUUUUUUUUUUUUUUUACGAUUGCGAUGAAGCCCCUUGCUUUAAGGUUUCUUUUUCCUUUUGGGGUAUUUCAAGCAUAAUAACAGAGGUCUCUUUGAUGAAUACAGCUGUGUCUUCUCAGUGACCAAUGACAUUAUUUUGCAUCAUCUCAUACUGUGUCAACUUUGCACUUUCUGAGCACCUGUGCUGCCAGCCAUCGCUCUCUUUGCUUGAGUUUUGUCGAUUACUGAGUUUUCUCUGCAACCAAUGUAGCAUUGUAAAAAUGUAACUGCUUCAAAUCAGGUAUAAGAGCACAGAAAAUAUAACUUUGUUAAAAGUCAAAAACGCUAAUGAGUGGAGAUGACAGCAAGGUAUCUUCUGAAGCAUGGCUGUCUCUGUGCUUCCAAAACCAAAACAGGAUUUAUUUUGUCAUUUCUUUUCAAAAACUCUAAUGUCAGGUGUUUCCAGCUGACUUUUGCACUGCAAUCCAUUUUUAUAUACAACAUUUUGUUGUGGAGCACCCUGAAAAAAAACAAAUAUACUUAUUCUGACUAUAGGCUCAAUGUGCUGAAUGUUUGAAAUUCCUCAUGUUCUCACUAACUUCUUUAAUGAACAGGUCUAAGAGUUCUACUAGCAUCUCUGUGAGGCGUUACUUUGGUCCAGCAAUGCUUUAAACUUGUAACUAACAUGAGCAUGCUAAAAUGCUCCGAAUCGGACAUUUUAAGAGAUCAGAUCUUCUAGUGGUUGCAAUAUUUCAGUCCAGAUCAAAGAGGUACAUCCGAUCAACCAGCAGACUGGAAUUGCAAUCUCUUGAGUUAUGCCUCAAGCAUGGCUGAAACCCAAAUGCAUUGUUAUUGAGAACAUGACAGGGGAAAGGAAAUAUGCAGAUGAAGAAUUCAUUUAUAAUAAUUCCACAUAUGAUGCAGAAUCACACCGUUUUUGCCAGUAGCAGGCAAACAAUCGUAGGCUCCGUAACAUACAAUAGGGGUCUGGAAGAUCUGCACUAAAAUGCAUUGCGUCAUUAAUCUAGAAGCGAUACACUCCUUAUCUUAGCUUGUUGUCACAUGAGGAGCCCAAACUCACCUCAGACAUGUAAAUACAUUUUUCCCUAUGGCUGUGUGACAACAUAUAAUAACACAAAAGCACUACAUCUGUUAAGAUUACCAUGAUUUGAGGCAAGAGAUGAGUAAUCUCAUUUUACUGUUACACUUAAAAGUUACGCAAGUACAGCACAGUGAGUUCUCCUUGGUCCAAAUUUUAAUGUCUCUUGGUUUUAGUUGAAGUAAUAAAAAAGAUCAUAUGCAGUGGAAAGUGUUGUACCUUCAGGUUUGGCGAUACUUCUGUAGAGUAAACAGUUGUUGCUCUUCUGUAAUUUAAAAGACAAUCUGUCCUUGCUGUUCCAGUGAUUGUGGAACGUGACUGUAUAUCACUCUGUUAUAUGCAUUGCUGUUUAAGAUUUAUGAUGUAAUGUAUGUGAAUGACCUCUGCCUGCAGCAUUCAAACACUAUUUUUGUAGUAGUAUAAGAGAGAGUGACAUGCUCUUUAUAUGAACAUGGGAAAGUAUUUUGUACUUUGUUGUUAAUUCACCUCACUGAGAUGUGCUGUACAUUUUGUACAUGCAACCCUGCAUACUUCUCAAUGUGGAACAGUGUAAUCCUUUAAAAUACAAACAAAAGAAGUUGUAUCUCAAGCUAAAAACACAAACGCUUCAACAGUCCUGAAACCAUGACUUAGAGGUAGGAGACAACUUUAAAGUGUUUUGCAUUUAUACUGUAAUCCUGUCUAUAACCAUUUCUAUUAGCAGGAAUAUAGUAAUGUAGUGCUUAUUCUGUGAAUAUUUGUAUGUAUUUUUACAAUGUUUGUACAGUACACUUUUAAAGCUCAUAUGGCAGGCAUGCAACACCUUCACAGACAAAAAUAUGACUAUAUACUUAUACUGUAUACACUUAUACAUGCACAUACUCUUAUAAGGUAUAUCAACAAAUAAACAUUUGCUGUUAGCAAUACCCAGUGGUAUGAAAAUUAUCUUUCAGCCCUCAUGUUUCCACACCUAAAGAAAUAUUAACAGUUUUGUAAGAAAAACAGAUUAAAAGACAACAAAAGAAAAGAUUUGAUUAUGGUGAUACCAACCAAUAAAUACAAAUAUUGUUUCCCAGUUACCUCUUGCAAAUAAAUCCAUUUUAUAUCAGAG